CGUGUUCUAGUCGACAUAACAGAUGGUGAUCUUGAGGAAAUUGGCAUUGGCUCGUACGACGAGAGACAAGAUUUACUCCUUGAAAUCCGCAAAGAAAAGCUGUACAGCGAUUUGGACGAAUUAUCGAAGUUGAAAGCACAGAACCUAAGGGAAUAA